GCUAGACUCUACUAGCUUACCACUUAGCUGUCAAACAAAUCUUCCCGGCCGGACGAAAGGGACCCGACCUAUCUAGUACAUCCUACGCCCUACGUUUCUAGAUAACCGGAGACACCUUCUCCUUUACGCAAUCCCGAAACCCAGAAUGGCUUCUCCGACUGCUCCCGCCUCCCUGUGGAGCCGGAAACGCGACUUGAUCUACUUCUCCUUCUUUGCUAUCCAUGUCCCCAUCAUUUUUCUGGUCGACGCAGCCCCGAUCCUCCCCACUGUCCUCCAAUCCAACCUUUCCCACUCCCUCCGACAGUUCUACAUCGAUACGUACCAUGACAAGUUCUUCGAGGAGCCACCAGCCCCCUGGUUUUACUUCUUCAUUCUUAUGGAGCUGUUAUACCAUGUGCCCGUAAGCGUCUGGGCACUUGGCGGCCUGAAGAGAGAUGACCCUCUUGUCCCCCUCCACCUCCUCAUUUUUGGUCUUCAGGCCUUCCUUACCUCCACAGUCUGUCUGGUCGAGGUCUGGAGUUGGGCAGAUCGCUCUGUAGCCCAAAAGCAGAACAUCAGCAUGCUAUAUGGGCCUUAUGUCGCUCUUGGUGCGUUCAUGGCACUGGAUAUGUUCUUUAGACUUCGGACAAGACUCCUAGUCAAGUCCAAGAAGGAGUAAGUCACAACAGUAAUCAGUCCCCAAAACCCCAAUAUUCUCCCUUUCCUAUUUCAGUGGAGGGCAUGUAUGCAUACAGUAUCCAAUGCAGGGGGUGUAUGUGCUGGGACGAUAAUCCAUAGAUC